AUGGCUGCCGCUCGAGGCAUGUUGGACAAGAUACAUGACGAUCUACCCAUAGACCCUCAUGACAGCAAUGCCUACAUUAUGGGCAGCAUCGGACUUCACAACAUCGUGAUUGCCUGCUUAGGAGAAUAUGGCACCAACAAUGCAGCCCAUGUGGCAACACACAUGAGUAGAAGUUUCCCGUUGAUCAAAGUCCGGCUUAUGGUAGGUAUUGGAGGAGGUGCACCUUCAGACGAAUUUGAUAUACGGCUUGGAGAUAUUGUCGUUGGUCGGAGAAUCAUGCAGUAUGAUUUAGGAAAGAUCACUUACAGCGGCAAGUUUGAGCGGACAGUCGUCCUGAGCAAUCUACGCCCGGAACUCUCCUCAACUAUCUCCAAGCUACGGGCAAUUCACGAGUCUACGCCCACCUCAGUUCCCUCUCUUGUGCAGGAUAUGGUUCAAAGAAAUACGGGCAUGGCCAGGUAUUCUUAUCCCCAAGACGCAACAGACAUGCUUUUCUCUGCAGAAUACAACCACAACUCGAAAUUAAGUGCCUGCGACCAGUGUGAUAAAACACAGCUUAUAAAGCGAUGUGAACGAUUGAAUACGACGCCCGAGAUUCAUUAUGGAGCCAUUGCCUCGGGAAACCAGGUUAUCAAGGAUGGAGUAAGCAGAGACCAGAUCGCACAGGAACUCAAAACCAUCUGUUUCGAGAUGGAAGCCGCCGGAUUGAUGGAUCACUUCCCAUGUCUUGUCAUACGAGGCAUCUGUGACUAUUGCGAUUCGCACAAGAACAAGAUCUGGCAGAAAUACGCGGCAGCUAAUGCGGCGGCGUAUGCAAAGGAGAUUCUUAAAAUGAUGGCGAUGACUGCCCCACGGCCGGCGAUCCAGCAAACAGACGCCUCUAAAGUGUUGAUUCAACUUGCGGCAGCGGAAAGGGCCAAACGCAGGCGUGAGUUGAUGGACUCGUUACAAUUCAACGAAAUGUACUGGCGCCAGUCCAACAUCAAAUCCGCCCACCCAGUAACCUGCAAGUGGCUGCCUCAGCAUGAAUCGUACUUUACCUGGACUGACGCUGAGAGGCUUGGUGAUCAUCACGGCUUCCUGUGGAUUAACGGAAAGCCUGGAAGCGGCAAAUCUACCAUGAUGAAGUUCCUGUCUUCUCAAGAAAAGAAAAACGCCGAGAUUAACACAUGUGUGAUCUCUUUCUUCUUCAACGCGCGUGGCAAGGAAGUGGAGAAAACCACUAUUGGGAUGUACAGAUCCAUCCUCUUCCAACUUCUCGAGAGGUUCCCAGAUCUUCAGUCAAUUCUUGACGACUCAAAUCUGAUUCCGCUAAGCCAAAAGGGCUGCCCCGCUCUCGACGUCCUCCAAGAGCUUUUCAGGAAUGCGAUGCCUCUUCUCGGGCAGCGCUCGGUGAUUUGCUAUGUAGACGCUCUCGAUGAAUGCGACGAGUAUCAGGCCCGAGACAUGGUAGAGCAGUUUGAGGACCUUUGCCAAAAAGCCACCGAAGAUGGCCAAAACUUCAGGAUAUGUUUCUCCAGUCGCCAUUAUCCCUAUAUUGAAGUCAGAAACGGCAUUAGAAUAAUAUUGGAAGACCAAGCUGGCCACAGAAGUGACUUGGAUGCAUACAUACGCAGUCGUUUACAGACGGGAAGAAAUCCAGAGGCGGACGACAUUCAUGAGAAAGUUCUUCACAUGGCGGCCGGGGUGUUUAUGUGGGUUGUACUGGUCGUCGAGAUUCUCAACAAAGAGUUCCAACGAGGCCGCUUGUUCGCGGUGCGAAGGAAGCUGGAAACUAUUCCUGACAAGCUCGGCAACAUCUUCAGGGACAUGUAUCUCCGUAUUGGCAUGGAUCGUCAGGAGCUCGUCCUGUGCUUACAGUGGAUUCUGUUUGCAAAAAGACCCCUGACGCCAAUCGAAUUGUACUACGGUAUCCUCUUUGGGCUGUCGGAUAUUGAACAUUCCGAGAUUCUGACCUCAUCAAUUGACAACCUCUCUGCGGAAAAGUUUGUUCUUAGCUCUUCCAAGGGACUGGCAGAAGUGACUAAAGGACCCGAACCGAGGGUCCAGUUUAUCCACGAGACAGUACGCGAAUUUCUCCUUAAAGGGGGUGGUCUUGGUGAACUAUUAAGUCUUGGGAAAGCCUAUGUAGUGGCCUACAGUCAUGAGAAGCUUAAAGAAUGUUGCCAUGCCUACCUCAAAUCCGCCCUCUUAUCACCUCUCUCGGACGGUAUGCCGCUACGAUUUACCUCUCAGUCGAUACCCCUGUCUUGGCACGCUCUUAGAACUAAAAUCACAUCCAAGUUCCCGUUGACAGAAUACGCAUGUCUUGGGAUACUAUACCAUACAAAUUGUGCUGCCGUUGCAGUCUCUCAGGAUCGAUUUGUCGAGGAAUUUGAACUUUCUGACUGGAUUACUCUGAGCAAUGUGUACAGGAAAUACGAAGCUCGGUAUCCGCAAGGUUUAAGCUUCCGGCAUGCUAUGAAAAAGGAAGGCUACAUAAAUUUGAGCAAAAUCGUACAUGAAUCGACCGUGAAAGUGCUGCACGACGCAGUGCUGAGAGGUGAUCACAACAACGCCCGAGCAAUACUAGGCUUGGAGGGCUGCAAGGCUACUGAAGAUGACUCAACAACCAGCUCAUGUUGGCAUCUUUCAUCUCCCCCUAGUUAUGGGGGCACCAUCAGCGACAGCUGCACAAUCAUUCAUGCUGCAGAACACGGCUUCAUCAACGUGGUCAACUCAAUGAUUGACAGCAUUCUACCGAUUGGCCAUGGGGUUUUAGCAGCGCUACUCGAGGUGCCACAUCACAUCGCGGAGGGUCAGUUUGACAUACUUGAAAGACUGGCCACCCUAGCGGUAUAUGAUGAACCGAAUUCUUCUCUCUGUUUGAGGAAGCUUCUAUCUCCGAUAUCGAGACAAGGAUUCACAGACAUUGCGGUGUUACUGUGGGCAAGAGGCAUGAGAAUAAGAGAGGAAGACCUAAUCGAAUUAUUAUUUCUGGCUCUUUCAAAUAAUCACAUCUCGAUGGCCAAACUGCUUAAUGCCAUGUCCCGGGCCGCACAUGAGCCAACAGCGCUGCGGCAGAAGAUGGCAGCCUAUAUCAGAAACAUACUUGACGCACCCCAGAGUGGCUUGCCGGCUUUAUACAAUGCUAGAGAGCUAUGCUUGAUCCAUGAUAUUCCCUCAGAUAUUGAGUACGCUGAUGACUCCCCAUCUUUUAGUGAGGACCGAGGCAGUGACACAUCCAACAGUCAUAGCAUCGGUCUUCAGAUCCGCCCUACUGCUCUGCCCCUUGCUGCCGCAGAAAUGGGGAUUGACGAUAUAUUGAAAUUUCUCAUCAAAAAAAGAACCAUGAUCUUUCAGCGCCCAGAUGGCCAGAAUGUUCUAUCGUGCGCUGCAAGGAAUCUGCACGAAAGCACUACACAGCUCCUUGUCGAAGCAGGAGCUGAUGCACGCUGGCGAGACGAACAUGGCUGCACGCCUGUUGUAAGGGCUCUUGCCGCAUGGCGUGCCCGCGACCAGGGAUUUUUCACGCCACGUUAUACGAAUAUCGCGGAGACGGCAUAUCAGGAUAUAUGGCAGCGAUGCCAUAGGCCCACGCCAUAUUGGCACAUUAUGCAGACAGCGUAUUGGCAUGUUGCGGAGAGAGAAUACUGGAAAAGGAAGCUGAAGGCCAUAGUAGUCUUGCUACUGGCUCGCAGAUCCGACUCCCAAGCCCUUAUCAAGGCUGGCAUACAAGUAAUUUUGCUUUGGGCAAUCGAUAGGAAUCUUCCGAAUCUGGCCUUGGCCUUGGGCACUGUUACAGGCGGCCAUUAUUCUCCAUUGCCGAAACGUGUGAUCUGGUGGUCGCCAGAUCAAUCUAAUGAAGAGGGAUUAGCGAAUGUUAAGUACAAAUUGGGACCCAGACACGAUAAGUAA